AGUGUGGCAAGGUCAUCUGCUUCGUGUCGCACAGUGAAAAAACCCAGGUGGACGAGAAAACAGCAACUGAGAAUUUCAAAUCCCAGAAAACCUACUUUAGGUCAAAAUCACAGCAACAAAAAAAAACCCUAGAAAGAAGAAGAAGACGAAGAAAGUUAAAUUAUUGGCCGCCUCACGCUGGCUUCUCUGAUUGAUAAUCUGGAGGAAUUCCUUCCUGCUACUGUCUAUGGGUGCUCCUAAGCAGAAAUGGAACGCAGAAGAAGAAGCAGCCCUUAAAGCCGGAGUGCUUAAACAUGGGGCUGGCAAAUGGCGAACCAUACUAAAGGAUCCAGAGUUUGCUCGCAUCUUGUAUCUUCGCUCAAAUGUAGAUCUUAAGGAUAAGUGGAGGAAUUUGAGUGUCAUGGUAAAUGGAUGGGGCUCCCGAGAUAAGUAUAGGACUGUAACUAGAAGAAUGCCUCAGAUCCCCAAGGAAGAUAGUUCUAUGGCUCUCAGUGCUGGUCAAAGCGAUGAAGAAGUUAUGGAUGCUAAGCCUAUGGCAGCAUCCAGUGACUCACAGCAGGUUUCUGCUCCGAAAAGAUCCAUUGUGAGGCUGGACGAUCUUAUUAUGGAGGCUAUAAGUAGCUUGAAGGAUCCAGGUGGUUCUAAUAAGACUGCUAUUGCUGCAUAUAUAGAGGAACAAUAUUGGGCUCCACCAGAUUUCAAGAGGCUGUUGUCGGCAAAAUUGAAAUUCUUGACAGCAAGUGGUAAACUGAUUAAGGUAAAAAGAAGGUACAGGAUUGCCCCUACUCCAACAUUUUCGGAUAAGAAAAGAAAUUCCUCUAUGUUUCCUUUUGAGGGCAGGCAGAGAGUUUCCCCAAAAUUUGAUAGGGAUGACGGUACCAUGCUUAUGAGAACCCAGAUUGAUUUAGAGCUAGCCAGGAUGAGGACUAUGACGUCACAAGAGGCUGCUGCAGCUGCUGCUCGAGCAGUUGCAGAGGCCGAAGCUGCCAUAGCAGAAGCGGAAGAGGCAGCGAGGGAAGCAGAAGCAGCAGAAGCUGAUGCUGAAGUAGCACAAGCUUUUGCAGAUGCAGCAAUGAAGACACUAAGAGGAAGAAAUCCUGGAAAGAUGAACUCAGAGCUUGAAAAGGAGAACAUGGAAAACCCAAUGAAGAUUUCAAACUGGUGGGAUGAGACAACAAAGAUGCUGCCUCUGCGCGGCAAAAAAAAAUGAUAGAAUGAAUUACAAAAGUAGC